UACCAUAUCACUCCAGGUACCAUUGCUCCAAACAUUAGCUUUUCACAGCGUGUGAAUGAUAAGCUGAAUUUAGAAUGGAGGUGUGCUAUUAUAAUCAAACUUAUGGGGAAACCCAAUGCUACUAAUGCCUAUAGCUACAUGUAUAAUGCUCUGAAGAGAAAAUGGAAUCCCCAUGGUCCCUGGCAUUUAAUUGAUCUUCCUAAUGAUUUUUACAUUGUAAAAUUCAAUUUGCAAGAGGAUAUGAAUGUGGCUUUGUUUGGUGGUCCUUGGAUUCUUGCUGGGCAGACGCUGGUAGUGCAACAAUGGAGACCUGACUUCAAUCCUAAUACUGAGAAAAUUAAUAAACUGGCUGUGUGGGUUAGAGUUUUGGGACUUCCUGUUAGACACUUCAAGCAAUUUACACUUUCUGGUAUUAGCAAAAUUCUUGGUGAUAUGGUGAAGAUUGAUAAAAUGACUUUAUCACAAUCCAGAGGUAUAUCCCUUAUCUGCUUUAAUUGUGGCUGCUAUGGGCAUGCCAAGGCUAGCUGCCCUCAUUUUGUUCCUAACCCAACUGAUGAUACUACCAAUCCUGAGGAGAAUGUUGGAACUGUAAACUCUGAUUCAGCAAAUAGUAUUCCUGCUGCUACUACUUCCAAACCUGAUAAGAGUCAUAAUACUAUUACUAGAACUACUAUUUCUAGCCUAGUUUCUGAUAUGGAUACAGGGGUUGAAUCUCAAGUGAAAGCUAAAGUUGCAGGUCAUGGCCCAUGGAUGUUGAUGUCUUACAAGAACAAAAAGGUCAAUUCCAAUAAAGUUCCUCCUAAUCGAAUGCCUACUCAAUCUGGGUCUAGAUAUGCUCUUCUUGAGACUUAUACUGAAGGGGAUAAUGGUGCUUUGAGAGAAGAACAGCCUACUGCAGUUGAAACCUUAGUAGCAGAUGAUAGAACUCCUGAGCCUGUUGUGGUUAGCAAAUGGAAACAAGUCCAACAAAAGAUGAAAAAGGCUUCUACUGAUUCUGGGAAUCAUGUGAUUCCUCCCAAGACCAUCCCCCAGAACAAGAACACUACUGCCCAGAAAAAACCUUUGAAAGACAUUACUAAUGGUAAGGCACCUGUUAAACAAAUUUUGCCAAGGUUCAAUAUAGGGAGUGGCUCUAGUCAUGCUUCGAGCAAAGGGACCAUCACAUAUCAAGUUAGAAAGACCAAAAUUUCAAAUCACCACAGCAAUACAGGUAAAUCUAAUUCCAAUGCUUCUAGUUCGUCAGUACAAGAUACUCAUCCUCAGGUUAAUAUUGCUGCAUCUUUUGGGCAUUGUCCUCCUGAGAAUAAUUUUAUCACUGCUUCUUGUACUGCUAUGGACUCAUCUGGAGAAGGUACUUCUAGCAAUGGUCAGGUUUGUUCUGCCCUUGCUAAUGAGCAUGCUCAAACUGAUAUUUCAGAGACUCUUGUUGAAAACACUAUCGUAUCCUCCAUUGUGGAGGAUAUGGUUGAUCAAUGAUUUGGGUUUCCACCCUCACUCUCCCUACUACGCUCAAUGCAUAAAAUUCUUUUUUGGAAUUCUAGAGGUGCUGGAAGUGAGAAGUUUAGGUCUGAUAUUAUUGACUUGUUA